AUGCUUGUAAAUUAUAGUUCAGAUGAGGAUAAUAAUAGUAAACCCUUGAAUUCAACUGAAAUUCAAUCUGCCCCUCAAGUACAUACCGCUGCUGCCGAUGAACAAGCUCAAGCACUCAUGAUGAGACCAACUGAUGAUCAAAUGAUGGUUAACGUCCCUUACGAUCAUUUGAAUAAAUCCUUAGCAGGUCCUCAAGAUCCCUUCAGAGAUAAGAACAAUAGACCUUUUCAAAACCUACUAAACGCACACGUUGAAGAGCACACCAUGAAUGAUCAUGACUUUAUCUCCCUCCAACGCCAACACGAAGGCAUCACUCGUCCUGACAAGAAACAGAGACAAUCCUUUCCAAGAGAAGACAAAGGUGAUUUAGAAGACGUUGACGGCGAUAACGCUUAUAAAGGUCCUUGGGCUGAAUGGAAGGAUGUUCGUAAACCCGAUGAGAUUGAUGCUCCCUACGAAGAAGACGUCGAAAAUUGGGAAAUUCAACGCGACAACUGGCUCAACGACGCCAACAAAAGCAAAGCUAGCAAAACUCUACUCGCUCAAGGUGGUGAAAAGUCAAUCUUCCACGGCAGCCAAACACGCGAUUAUCAAGGACGCACUUAUAUGCAUAUACCGACUGAUGUCGACGUCAACCUCUACGGUGAGGAGGGUACCCAGACUAACUUCCUACCAAAAGCUUGUAUACAUACAUGGGCCGGUCACACUAAGGGUGUCUCCAGAAUCAAGCUUUUCCCCGGUUCUGGUCACCUCCUUCUAUCUGCAUCGAUGGAUAACAAGGUUAAACUAUGGGAUGUUUACAACGAGGGUAAAUGUCUCAGAACUUUCAUGGGCCAUUACAGAGCCGUAAAGGAUAUUUCCUUCAACAAUGAUGGUACACGCUUCUUGUCUGCUUCGUAUGAUAAACAAAUCAAACUCUGGGAUACAGAAACUGGUCAGUGUCUUAGUGCUUUCUCAAACAACAAAAGCCCUCAGUGCAUUACUUUCAACCCGGAUGCAGACAAGCAGGAUACUUUCCUAGCUGGUAUGCAAGACAGAAAGAUUAUACAAGUUGAUCUUCGCUCGAAUGAGAUUACGCAGGAGUAUGACCAACAUUUAGGUCCAGUUAACACACUAACUUUCGUUGAUGAUAAUCGACGUUUCGUUACAACAUCUGACGACAAAACUAUGAGAGCGUGGGAUUACGAUAUACCCGUUGUCAUUAAAUACAUUGCCGAGCCCGAUAUGCACAGUAUGCCAGCUGUCGGUUUGCACCCGACGAAAAAGUUCCUGGCUGCUCAAUCACUCGACAAUCAGAUAUUGAUAUGGGCAGCAGACACAUUCAAGCAGAAUCGCAGGAAGAGAUUUGCAGGUCAUUCAAUAUCUGGAUACGCCUGUCAAUUAGGUUUCAGUCCUGAUGGUAGGUAUAUCAGCAGCGGAGAUGGGGCUGGUAACAUAGUGUUCUGGGAUUGGAAAACGAGUCGUCUGAUGAAGAAGCUCAAGGCACACGAUAGAUGUGUGAUUGACCAUGCGUGGCUUCCUCAUGAGACCUCCAAAGUCGUUACAGCUAGUUGGGAUGGAUCGAUCAAACUCUGGGUGCCCUUCUUGGACACUGCACUUCGCGAGGGCGGCCAGCAGCGAGCAGCGAAGAGUGACGCUGGCGUUGAGAAGAAGAAAUAA